AUGAAUAGUUCUCCAUCAUAGAGGUCUUAAUCUGAUCUCUACUCAGUUGGGAAUUCCAAAGACAAUCCAAUUCUUCUGAAUAACCUCAGACCAUAGACUACUGAAUAAUAACUUAAGAAGAUAAAAGAUCAAGUUGAAAGUGAUCAUAACCGUAUCAGUUAGCAGAAUCAAAGACCCUUUAGCCCUGAGUCCAAGCAAUCUCAAAUGUUUAAUUUGAAUUAAAUUGAAACAGAUCGGUUAUUUAAAAUAAGAAGGAGUUUUCAGUAAGCUUUGAACAAGCUAUCGACAAAUGACACUAAGGAAGUGGGAGUAAAUGAAUGUAAAAGAAUCAUUGAGGCUAAUUGCGAUUAAGCAAGUUUGAGAGUGUACUUAUCAUUACUUUGCGAAAAACAUAAAAAUUCAACUACUUCAAAUAAAGAACUGCAAGUGCUGCUAUUUGGACACUUAGCCAAAGUCUAUAAGUCUGAAAUGCUUGAUCCUUUAGACAGACCGCCAAAUCUCCUUAAAACCAUAGUCAGAGUUUGUGAGACCAUACAUAGUUUCUUAAAAGAGAAUUCUACACUUAUUCAUUUAGCUUGUGCAAAUAGUUUAGUCGAAAUCUUAGAUAACUGCUUCGAUUAGAAAGAAGAUAAACUAAGUCUUUCAUUGAUAUUUUAUGAGCCUCUUGCCUCUGUGAUUAAUGGAGGCUAUGAUAAAAUGGGAUAGUUAGCAGCCUCAGUCUGCAUCCUUAAACUUUUAGAAUACCUAAUUGAAAAAGGCCAUAAUGGCUUUUUUGAUUUUUUGUGUCCUAAAUUCAUUCAGCUCUUCAUUGUAUAUUAUUAAGAUAACUUAUAAAUUUUAUAGUAAUCGAAAUGUGAUCAUCCUGAUUUCUUGCAGUGUCUUGGGACAAUUAUCAGCUAGACUUCUUUGAAAUAUUUGACUUAAUAUAUAUGGGAGAUAGUUCAAAGGUGCAUUAAAAUAGUCUAAAAUCCUGACACCCAAUCUUAUCUUAAAAAGAUAGAGGCAUGCAACCUCUUAAAGACUAUUGCUAUUUAGCUUAAAGAUGUAGCUGAUUUGAUAUUUGGCUAUAUGCACAGAUAGGUGAUUCAUGCACUUGAAGUCGCUCAAGGAGAUAGAGUACUUAAGGUUAGGUAAGGGGCUAUCCAAGCUAAGCAACAAUGGCAAUAAGUCAAAUUCAUUAAUAAGGAAAUAGAAGAAAAGAAGAAAAAUGAGGAACUUCAUGGGCUGAAUCCAGAUGAAAUUAUCCAAGCUAGGACUGGCUAUGCAAAUAUGGAUGAUGUCAGAAAAUAAGUACUCUAGGAGGCAUAGGAUGAUAUUGAUAAUAAGGAUAAGCCAAGACCUAGAACAGCUGGAUCAUAAGCAAGACAGGGAUAGCCAUCAAAGUUCAAAAUGCUGAGGGAACUAGCGAGAUUAAAUUAGGAAUUAAGAGUUUAAAAGCCCUACUCACCUACAAGUCAAGAAAGAAAGUUAUUAGCCUUAGAAUAAAACUGGAGUGCAGCACAAAGGGCAAAUUAAUUUUUGAAGAGAGGAGUAGGAACUGGAGGAGGCCACAUUCCGGGUGAAUCAAAUGAGAGAAAAGUCGGCAAGUUAAAUACACAUAACUUAUAAAGAUAAAGCAUAAGAGAUUUAAUUAUUCAAUCUAUGAAAAACAAGAAUAUCACAUUUAAAGAUCUUGAGGAAUAUGCAUAAGGGGAUGCUCAACUAUAUGACAUUCUAAAAAAGCAUUACAAUGAGGAAGCUUAGCAAUUCUCAGAAGGAAUUGAACCAGAAAUGGAUGGCAUUGCAUCUAGAGUAUUAAAUAAUCGUUAAAAGCUUGCCCUUAGAUAAGAUAUUGGAAAGCACAAAAAGGAUGAUGAUAAGUUCAAGGAUGCUUUUUUAUCUACUGGUGGUGAUGAGUUUGAAAGAGAUCCCUCAGGUGUACUAGGAGGUGCUGGUUCGGGUAUUGGUGGAAGACAUCCUGAAUUUGGAAAAACUCAGAAAAAAGGAUACUUUGAAGAAUUCUAAAAUGAUUAAAAUAAAAAUAGCAAAGAUAACAAUAUUAUCGAAGACGAUGAUUUCUUUGGCGAGGAAUAAAAGGUAGGAGCAGGUGAUUAAAAAAUGCCAGAUUUUGAAAGGAAUCAUGAUUCAAAUCAAAGAGUAAAGUUCCAAAAAGAGCCAACAAGAUUUCAAUAUCCGAAUUAGUCUAAUGGAACAGGAACAGGAAAUGACACUUACAAUCCAUUUUAAAAUCAAAGCUCAAAUGAACUAUCAGGAGCAGAUAAUACUGGCCAAAAUAAUGGAAAUCCCAAAAUUAGAAACUAAAGGGGAUCAACUUUAUCCGGUAUUGAUGGGGGAUCAGUGCCAGAUUAAUCAUUGAGUCGUAUCUAAAGUAUCAAUGAUCCAGUGAUAGAGGAACUUCUAGGUGAUAGAUCUCAUUUAGGUUAGUAAAAUAGCAACUCAAAUAAAUUGAACCCAGCAUAGUAAUAGCUCCAAUAAACUUUAAGUCAGGGUAAAUCGAUAUCAGAUAUGGAUUAGAAAGAAAUUCAAAAACUAAGUAAAUAAAUCAUUAAGUAAGCAUUAAAUGAGGAUUACAGCGAUAUACAUUCUUAAAACAAUUCAUAAUAUGACUAAGAUAAUGACUAAAUGAAUCCAAGAAGUCAGAAUCAACAAACUAGAUAAACACCAUCUUUUGCUUAGAGGAAUCAGCAGAACUAGAGAGAUUAAAAUGGCAAUCCCUCACAAUUUAGAUAAGAUACAUUUGUACCAGGAAGUAACCAGGAAGAUUUUAACAACUAAGAUGUUAAUCUAAAUUCAAUGAGAGAUAUUAAAAAUAAAGUUAAAAAUCCAUUUAAAUCUCAGUAAAAUGGAAAUAAUCUGAACACUGGUUCUGACGACUUCAUGUUUGAAGAGCAGUAAGUUUAUGGAGGAGACUAGUCAAUAAAUCCCGGAUUUGGAGAUUAGUAAGAUUCAAAAGGAGCUGCUAGCAGAUAAAAUAAUUCAAGAUAAAACUAAAAUACAAAUGAUUAAGCAACAAGAUAACCUAACUAGAAAGUAUAAAUAGCUCAAAUGCUGGAUUAACUAGAUUAAAUAAAUCCAAAUUCAGUCAGCCAAUCUAUGGCAAAUCUUAUGCAAAACUUUGAUCCAAGCCAGCCGAUUAAUGCUUCUUAAAAUUUAUAAGGCGGGAGGUCUACUGAAGAAAUUUUAAGAGAUCCUGCUAUUUUAGCAUAAGUUGAUCCAUUUAAGACUUAAACCUUGGCUAAAGAAAUAAAUUCUGCUUUCUUGGAUGGUUAAUCAGAUUAGAAGAUAGAAGAAUAGCUUGGAAAUAUGAAGCCAGAAUAAAGAUAACUCUAUUAAAUACUUAAACAAGACCCAAAUCUUAGUAAUUAGUAAAAGAAUGAAAUAUUCAAGCAACUUUCAAACUCUGGAUCUAUAAGUCCAAGUAUUCAGACAAAGCUUUAAUAAGAAGCGCCUCAACUAUUUUCUAAAGUUAAAUAGAUUCAAUAGUAAAUGGAAGAUUCAAUAAACUAGUCUUAAUAAGUAAAAUAAAAUAUAGUGUCAAAGAAUGAGGGCAAUCAAUAAAUUAUAGAUUAGAUAGAAGCUAAGUAGAACUAAACUUUUAAGCUGCCUCAGACCCCUGAAAAUAGAUAAUUAGUCCAAAAUAUUCAGCAGGCAUUUUUGGAUAAUCAAUCAGAUAAAGCAAUUGAAUUGCAGCUAGAAUCGAUGCAGCCAGAGUAGAGGUAGUUAUAUCAAGCUUUGAAAGAUGAUCCAAUUCUUACAAAUUAGGAAAAGAAUGAAAUAUUCUAGUAGUUGACACUAGAAGGAUAACUUUAGCCAGAGAUUGCAUAGAAAAUUAAAAGAAAUCCCUAACUUUAGAAAAAAAUGAAAUAAAUCAAGCAGAUUUCAUCCAAUAACCCCUCUUCAUAAGUACUGGAUGUAUUCACUAAUGAUCAAGCAAGAUAAUUAUUCGAGAAGUAACUUAUGAAAAUGAUGCCAGAAUAGUAAAAAUUAUACUAAAUCCUGAAAUCAGAUCCGACGAUGAGUUAAGAUGAAAAAAAUGAAAUUUUUAAGCAAAUUGCAGUGUAAGGCAAGCUAGAUUAAGUAAAUAAGCAAAAGCUAAUGAAGAUUAAUCCAGAAUUGUCUAAUCAACUAACUGAUCUUGAAACUAAAAUUAGCAAAAAAAACCAAAUCCAAGAUAACCCUGUUGCAAAUUUACUUGAUUAAUUUAGUGAAAUGCAAUAAGCAUAAGUAGUCAAACAGAUAAAAAGUUAAGUAAAUUAAAAUAGAGGAGGAUCUUCAUCCUAAGAUUAAAGUGAAUUAUUAAAUUAGAAUUCUAGUGUUUAGAACUAGUAAAGAUUUAAAGGAGGUCAAAAUAAAGCUGAAUAAGCUCAGCAAUAAAGAUAGAUUAUAGAAUAGCAGAUAUAAAGUUUCCCACCAGAAUAAAAAUAAUUAUUUGAAAUACUCAGUAAAGAUCCAUCACUAACCUAGGAAACUAAAAAUGAGAUAUUUAAAUAAAUAGCAUCUACUGGUAGACUAGAUUCAAACUUGAGAUAGAAAUUGGAUUAAAAUCCUUAACUUUAAUAAAAAGUUCAGAAUCUUCAAGGUAGAAUUCAAAAUCAGAUAAGCAAAUCUAAUCCUGCAAUGUAAGUUUUAGAAUAGAUUUAUGGACCUGAUAAUGAGUUAUCUAAAGGCUCUCUAGAUGUAUUCACAAAUAGAUAAUCUCAGUAAGCAAUUGAGUAAAGUCUUAAUAAUUUACUUCCUGAAUAAAAGCAAGUUUAUGAAGCACUAAAAAAUGACUUUACAUUAGGUUAAGAUGAGAAAAAUGAAAUAUUUAGGCAAAUAGCUGUAGAUGGUAAACUUGAUUUAGUCACUAAAUAGAGAUUAGCGGCUAAGAAUCCAGAGCUUAAACAGAAGCUAGAAAAUUUGCAAUAAAGAAUAAUCUAAACUACCUAAAGCAAUCCAAUGGCCAAAGUUCUUUCUUAAAUUGAUAAACUAGAUGAAGGAUAGCAGCAGUAGUAGUAAUAAUAAUUUUAGUAGUAUUAGUAGUAGCAAUAAAAAGAGUUAUUAUUCUAAAAUAAUGCUCUGCCACCUUACUUAAGAGAAUAAUAAGCUCAAGAAGUUCGGUAAGUAAUAGAAGCUUAGAUGAGCUUACUCCCAACAGAGUAAAAGCAACUAUUUGAGACUUUAAAUUAGGAUCCAACAUUAUCUUAAGACACUAAGAAUGAAAUAUUCAAGCAAAUCUCAACAACAGGUUAAUUAGAUUAAAACAUGAAAUAGAAACUGAAUCAAAAUCCUUAGCUAUAAUAGAAAGUUCAAAACCUAUAAGAAAAAAUUUAGAGUAAGGUGAAGAGUGCAAAUCCUGCCCUUUAAGUUCUUGAGUAAAUCUUUGGACCUAAUGCUUAGCUUUCAAAAGAUCCAUUAGACCUUUUUACCAAUGUGAAAGCUCAAUUAAAUUUAGAGAAAAACUUAAAUAAUUUGCUGCCAGAGUAGAAAUAGCUUUACCAAGCCUUAAAGGAUGACUACUCUCUUAGUUAAGAAGAAAAAAAUGAAAUUUUCAAAUAAAUUGCUGUUGAAGGAAAAUUAGAUCCUUAGAUCAGGCAGGUAUUAAGUAAUAAGAAUCCACAGUUAUAAUAAUAAAUUGAAUAUCUUUAGGAUAGAAUCAUCCAAAGAUCACCUAUAGCAUAAAUGUUAAAUUAGAUAUAAAAUCUUGAGGAAUAAAAUCAAUCAAUGGUAACUGCUGCUGAUAAUAAUUCCAUGCAAGCACGAGAAAAGAAAGCAAAGAUAGUAUAGUAAGCAAUAUAAUCUCAACUUAAUGAACUUCCAUAUGAAUAAAGAUAAUUAUUUGAGGCUCUAAGCUCAGAACCUAGUAUUUCUUAGGAAAUUAAGAAUGAAAUUUUCAAGUAAAUAGCAUCUACAGGUAGAUUAGAUCAAAACUUAAAAUAAAAAUUAAGCUCUAAUCCUUAGCUAAAGUAAAAGGUAGAAAAUCUUUAAAAUAGAAUUAAAGAUCAAAUUCAGAGUACAGAUCCUGUUCAAUAGGUUUUAGAGCAAAUAUAUGGAUCAGAUGGAUAGCUAUCUAAAGGAUCAGUUGAUAUAUUUUCUAAUUAGAAAGCACAAUAAAUUGUUGAGUAAAACUUGUAAAAUCUAUUACCAGAGUAAAGAUAAUUAUAUGAAACUCUUAAGAAUGAUUUCACACUUACUUAAAAUGAGAAAAAUGAAAUUUUCAGGCAAAUAGCAGUUGAGGGUAAGCUUGAUUAGAAGACAAAUUAGAUGAUUGCAAGUAAAAAUCCAGAACUUUAAUAAAAAAUGCAAUACCUCUAAGAUAGGAUUAACUAGAAAACCUAAAGAGAAAGUAACGGGGUAGCAUAAAUUAUGAACUAAAUUGAAAAGAUAGAGGAGGAGUAGGAUUCACUGAAUAAAUUUGUUUCUCCAUAGAAAAAAUCAUAAUAAGCUUAAGAGGUUAAAUAAGUCAUUUAAUAAGCACUGUUCAAAUUACCUCCAGAAUAGAGAUAACUAUUCGAGGCAUUAAAUUAAGAUCCUAAUCUAUCUCAAGAAACUAAGAAUGAGAUCUUCAAACAAAUAUCUACAUAAGGAACUAUUGAUUAAAAUCUCUAGCAAUAAUUAAAUAAAAGCCCUAUCCUAAAACAGAAAGUACGAGCAAUUGCGAAUUAAAUUUAAGAUCAGAUUUUGGAAUAAAAUCCAGGUUUAGCAGCACUUCAAUAAAUAUGUGGAAAUGGACAGAGGCUCUCCUAAGGCUAGGUCGACAUUUUUACUAACAAAUAAGCAUAGCAAGCAUUGGAAAGUUAAAUCUCAUAGCUUUUACCAGAGCAGAAGCAACUAUAUGAUACCCUUAAAAAUGACAGAUCAAUAGAUCCAGAAACCAAAAAUGAAUUAUUCAGAUAAAUUAUGACUGAUGGAAAAUUAGACAAGCAAUUAUAAUAACAAGUUAGCCUCGAUAAUCCAGUAUUGAAAUCAAAGAUUGAAUAGCUCUCAGAGAGAAUUUAGCAGAAAACUCAAAGUUAAGCUUUGAAUUAAAUACUAGAUAAGAUAGCAGAUAUCUCAGAUAAUACUUAGCAAUCCUCAAACCCAAGCGUAAAAGCUUUGUAAAAGAUUUUGGGUCCAGCAGCAGAACUAAGUCAUGGGAACUUUGAGAUUUUUGGCAACAAAGCAUAAUAGUAAAUAAUAGAAUAAAACCUAGAUAAACUUCCACCAGCGCAAAGAAAAAUUUAUGAAAUUUUGAAAUAAGAUCCUAACCUGAGUUAAUAAGAAAAAAAUGAGAUAUUUAGAUAAUCUGCUGUUGAAGGUGUAUUGGAUAGAAACAGUGAAAGAUUAUUGACAUAAAAUAAUCCUUACAUUAGAGGAAAAUUAGAAGACAUUAAAUAAGAACUUGCAGAUUAGAACUUAGCAUUAGUCUAAUCUAAUCCAGCAGAAAAUAUUCUGAAGCAAAUUUGCGGUGGGUCUAAUUCUGAGAUUAAAAAGGGAGAAGUAGACAUUUUCUCAACUCGUUAGUCAUAAUCUUAGUUUGAGAGGAACUUACCUAAUCUGCUUCCAGAGUAGCAAAAGCUUUAUCAAAUAUUAAUCACCAAUUAAGCUCUUAGUCCUUAAGAUAAAAAUGAGAUAUUUAGAUAAAUAGCUUUAGAAGGUUAGUUAGAUUAAGGACUUGCAAACAAAGUAAAUAGAAUUAAUCCUGAAUUAGGCUAAUAGCUUGAGACACUACAAGAUAAAAUAGAGGCUAAGACUUAAAGUAGAAGGAAAAGACAAAUGAGAUCCAAUCAAGGCAAAAUGUCUUAGUAAAAUAAGUAAAAACAAGCUCAAAUAACAAAAUAAGUUAUUGAAUAGUAACUUUAAAAUUUACCUCUAGAGCAUCGCUAACUAUUCUAAGCUCUGUAGCUAGAUAACAGUUUACCUUAGGAGACAAAAAAUGAAAUCUUUUAAUAGAUAGCUACUAGAGGUAAAUUAGAUGGUAAUCUAGAAUAAUAACUAAAUCUUAAUCCAUUAUUAAAAAAUAAAGUAAAAAAUCUUGUCAGCAAAAUAAAAGAUCAAAUUACCGCAUCUAAUCCAGCUCUUAGCGUGCUAGAAGAUAUUUAUGGAUCUACUUCAGAGCUUGGAAAAGGAGAGGUAGACAUCUUUACUAAUAAGCUUGCUCAACAAUAAAUGGAGGGUAACGUUGGUAAUCUACUUCCAGAAUAGAAGUAGCUUUACGAGAUUUUGAAGAGAGAUUCUACAAUUCCACCAGAGGAUAAGAAUGAAAUUUUUAGAUAGUUAGCUGUAGAUGGAAAAUUAGAUUAAAGCACUUAAAGAAAACUAAUGAGUGCCAAUCCAAUAGUGAGUAAUCAAAUAUAAAAUCUCUAAAAUAAGAUAGAACAGAGAGCAUAAAGGAAUCCAGCUAACUAAUUGUUUAAGGAAAUAGAACAAAUGCAGCAAGUUUAAGAUGUUAAUGAUGAAAGUCCGAUUGAUCAAUUUAAUGAAGAUCAAAAAGCUUAAAUUGUUAGAGAAGCUAUUGACAACUAGCUUUAAAAGCUAUCUCCUGAGUAGCAAUAACUAUUUGAAGCUCUUGAUUUAGAUCCAACCUUGCCUUAAGAAACAAAGAACGAGAUAUUUAAGUAAAUAGCUACAACAGGUAAAUUAGACCAAGUGAUGGAAAAGUAACUCAAUUCGAACCCUAGAUUAAAGUAAAAAGUUAAAAAUCUCUAAGGAAAAAUAUCAAACCAACUCAUUCAAUCAAAUCCAGCUGUAAAGCUCCUUUAAACAAUUGAUGGUCCUAAUGACAAACUCCAAGGAGAAGCUCCCAAUAUUUUCAGUGAUAAUCAAGCAUAGCAAGCUAUUGAGACAAGGCUUCAUACUCUUAUGCCUGAAUAGAGACAACUUUACGAAGCCCUUAAACAGGAUUUGACUCUUAGUCCUGUGGAAAAGAAUGAGAUAUUCAGAUAAGUCGCUCUUAAAGGUAGUCUGGAUAGCUUUAACAAGAGAAAACUGAGCAGUAACCCUUUAUUAUAGUAAAAACUUAAAAAUAUUCAAGAUUAAAUAGCUCAAAAGUUAGAGCAAGUUAAUCCUGGUCUUUCAAUUGCAAAGAAGCUCGACUAGCUUGAAAAUUAAUUAGCAGAUGCAAAUUAGAGUAAAGCAGAGCUAACUUAGGCAGAAGUAGCAAGUGAGGUUUAAAAUGUAUUUUCCAAUCCAUUAGCAAAUUAAAUACUCGAAUCCUAACUUCAAUCUUUAUUACCUGAAUAAAAGUAGUUAUAUGAUGUGCUUAAAAAAGAUCAAAGUUUAACGCCUGAAGUAAAAGAAAAGUUAUUUGCUUAAAUAGCAUAAGGUAAAUUACUAGACAUAUAAACUCAAAGAGCUUUAAAUUAAGUUCCUCAUCUAAAGUAAAAAUUAGAUGUUCUCAAAGAUUAAAUUCAGAAUAAAUUAGCAAGAAUAGAUAAUCCCGUUUAAAAAUUAUUUGAAGCAGCAAGUGAAGGAUUGCCAGGAGAAAUAUUAAAGCAAGAUUAAGUUAAGAUCGUAUAAAAUGCUUUUACAUCAAACGCUCCAGAUGCAAUAAAAGAUCAACAAUUAUUAAGCCUUCCACCAGAAUAAUAGUAACUGUAUCAGGUUUUGAAACAAGAUCCAACCUUAAGUAAUGAAGAAAAGCAGCAGAUAUUUGAAUAAUUAAGCAUUGAUGGAUAAUUAGAUUCUAGAAACAUUCAAAAAUUAAAUCAGAAUCCCGUACUUAGAUAAAAAGUCUAAUAAAUUGAGAAGAAAAUUAAAGACAAGAUCAAAGAGAAAGAUGAAAUGCUGAUGAAAAUAGCUCCUUUAGUUGCGAUGAUAAAGAAACAAGAAAAGUUAAAUCAAUCCAUGCCAGAUAACAUAGCUAAGCUUUAUGAGUAAUUAGGAUUAGAAAAGAAUAGCUUAAAUGAUCCAAGCAAGAAACUAUAAAAUUCAAUGCUAAGCCAAAAUAAUCCUUAUGACAGUCAGAUUGAACUGGGUCAGUUUAAUAAUUAAAAUUAGCCCUAUUAACAAGAUUUUUUCGAUGAUAUGUCAGCAUAUCCUAACUAAAUGCUUGGUCUAAACUCAACUCCAUAAUAUAGUGGCAUUCCAAUAUAGAGUAAUCAACUUGGCUAAUAGUAUCAUCCUUAUAAUUAAAAUCAGAGUGGGAUAAAUUAAACUCUACCUCAGUAAAGUAAUAUGUCUAAUUAGAAAAUUCUAGGAGAAUUGUAACAUCCUAAAUUUGAUGAAAAUGGAAAUUUAUUGUAUCCAUCAAUCAUAUCUGGAGUUUAAAAUCCUGGACUUGAUAAUCAAGUGCCAGUAUUAGAUCAAUUUGGAAAUGUUUAGUACUACGUUCCGAAUCCUAAUUCUAAGAUGAUUAACUAAAAUACAGGAUAGAACAUUCCAUCAAUGGCUUAGAGAAAUUAAAAUCAAAAUCUAGGCACUUUUGGAUCACUAAAUAGAUUUAAUAAGAAUGUCCCUCAGCAACAGAUGCUUAAUCAAUCUGCUUCAUAGAAUUUGCCUCCAUUAUAAAAUCAAAGAUAUUCAGGAGCAAGAGUAAUUCCAAAUGCAUCUAUACCCUAUUAAAAUAGCAAGAAUCAAAGUCUUAAUGAUCAAUCAAAUUUAGGAUAUCAAAACUAAGGAUUAAUAUCACCUAAUUCGCAAGCAAGAUUACAACACUUAUAAAGCUAAGGACUAUAGCCAACAAAUUAAGCAGGCUAGAAUAACACUUAUAAUCAAAUGGGAUAUCAAGCAUAAAACUAUCAAUAAUAGUAAUCUAAUGAUAAUAACUGGCCAUAUGAUGUGCUAAGUCAAUUAAAAAAUGUUGAAUAUUUUAUGCAGAAUUCUUUCAAUCAUUUGGAUUCAAGAUUAUCAAACAUCAAUCACAAGAUUGUUAACACAAAGUAGAAUAUUAGCAAAGCUAAAAUGGUUUAAUAGCCAUCAAAGCAAACUAAGAGAUUCAAGUGA